UGUUUAAAAGCGUGCAAAAGUUGGCAGUAACUUCAGGAGGCUGGAGCAUUACACAUAAUGCAUGUGAUGCAAAAGCAAGAAGAAGAAGAAAAAAAUUCUGGGAAAUCUUGUUGUCUCACAAGGCUGGCUGCGUCAUUUCCUUCGAUGACAAAUGUGUGGUUUCAGGUCUUUAAAAUGUUAUGCCGGCUGCGACCAUGAGUAGUUUCAACCUCUUUGCAUGGAGAAAUGAAUGGUCAUGAUAGGAACAUGUUUUGGCAGGGCCACAGACCACAAUCAACAUCUAAGAUCUUCCUCUCCCUUGUCCUGUUAACUGUCAUUGAGUUAGUGAACACAAAAGUUCCAUGCAACGAGAACUGUAAUAAAACUAUUCACAAAGGUGUGAAGCUCAGCAGGUUAAUGAAGAGGAACACUGCAGAACUAAUAAAGACAUAUCAAGCCAAUGAGGGAGACUUUGCAAAGCAGUUCUGCAAAAUGCAGAUGGACAACGUUCCGACAUCGAGCAUCUCAGGACAAACUUCGUCUGAUCGCAUGUUGAACGUUUACACACGUAUAAAGGAGUUCCAGCCUCACAUAAAGAAAGUUUUGGAGCAGCAAACAGACUUGCUGCCUCCUCAGAGCUCUUUGCUUAAUAGCCUGGAAGAGACUUUGCAAAGAACUGGCCACCUCGCCCACAAGGUGGACUGCAUUCUGCAGAUCUUGCAGCCCAAUAUUCCCGUACCCGAGCCAGCAGCCGGACCCACCGGAAUUCCCCUGCCUCAAAAUGUGUUUCAGCAGAAGGUCUAUGGGUGUGUCGUCCUGACUCGGCUCAAUGAGUUCCUCUCGAGAGUCGUCGAUGAACUGAGGUCACUCAAGGGUAGCAUGUGUGUAAAAAAAAGGAACUAUGGUGAUGUCAUAGAACUAGUGGACAAUGAUUUGAAAUGAUUCGUCUUUGAGGUUUGACUGGUAUAUUUAUUAAUUAUUUAUUUUUCACAUACAGUAAAUAUAAGAAAAUAGCCCUGAGAACUGGGACAUAUAUUUGAUAGAUAUAUCUGCAUAAGUAUUUAUUCCAUUAAUUUAUUGUUAUGUCAUAAUUAAUUAAUGUAUUACUUUGAUGCACAAAUGUUCCUAAAUGACUAUAAGUUAUACCUCUUAAUUUUGCAGCAUUCCAUUUUUUGGCAGUGAAGGAAAAUAUUAUUUUUUUUAUCAAAGGGUGACUGCGGGUCUGAGAGUUUACUUCAACAAAUCAACCAAUGUUCUUAGCAAGUAUUUGCUGGCAUUAAGCCAGACUUAAGUUAGCUGUGUCAUAUUGUAUGUGUUAUUCCUCUGUACACAGACAGAUCAGACCCAGUGUUGCACUUUGACCCAGAUUAAGAUUUCUUGCCACUGAGGGUCAUGUGUAUUGUCUUAGAUGACGAUGAUUGACUGCUCAGGAAUUCACAAAGAUUGUGACAUAAGCUGUUAGCCAUAUUGGCUUUUGUGGUAUGUGCUUGCCUGGCUUGAAUAAACUAAUGGAUGGAGCUGGUGCAUUUGGGCUGCUGUCUGAGCCAUCUGAGACGUGUUGAAACAGGUUUAGUAGACAGGAAGUGAAAGAGACUGUGAUAUCAGCCCUUAAUGACGCAUUCAGCUAAACACAUCAGAUAGGAAAGAAAAAACACUGACUAGCCGUCGCCCCUGUCACAAGAUGGGUGUCUGAGAGUUUGUGUGUGUGUGUGUCAGAUAAGUUUAAGCCACUGUUUACAAGGCUAGGAUAAGAAGACGUACUCAUUCUUGUGAAAUAUUUUGCUCAGUUCUGAUAUUGAAAUGCCCUAAUGCUAUGAUGCUUUUACAAAUCAUUUAUACUUCAAAUUACUAUUUGAGCAAUUAAUGUAUAUACUGACAUCUAUAAAUACAACUGCCAAUACAAACACACAUAUAUGCUUGUUUGGCUUUUUUCUACACUAAGUAACAUGGGCAUUAGAAAUCAGAUAGCUCAUUGCUCUUUUUCAUUUUAGAUUAAAUAAUGAUAAGUUUGUAUCAAAUUAG